CCAGUUGUCCAAGCCUCUCGUGCCAUCUCUCCACGGCCGUAUACGGAUAUGCUUCUGAAAAACUUCUUCGACAAUGUCAACUACCACUAUGGAAUCUUGCAUCAGCCGUCUUUCAUGGCGGUCUACGUCGACUGGUGGUCGCAACGCCGCGAUGCCCAAAGCUUGCGCAACCCGUUAGCUUUGGGACUCACUUGCUUGAUACUUCGCAUUUGUGCCAACUCCACGCAAUUCCUGUCGCCACAUGCUUCGUCGCAGCUUGAAUUAGACCUAGGAGACUCCAUCCAAAGUUUGAGCAAGACGUACCACGAUGCUGCUCAGAUCAUUAGUUCUUUUUUGUCUCCAGGAACCGGUGGCCUUCUCAAUGCGCAGCAGCUUUUCCUUGCUGCCACAUGGCAUAAGGGACAGGCUGACUUUGUCAGGUCAUGGCAUGAGCUUGGUGCAGCUGUCAGGCAAUCCCAAGAAAUCGGAAUUCAUACGGACGUUUUGUCUCAUGAAAUGAACGAAUUUGAUUUGGAAAUCCGGCGAAGGCUAUGGUGUGCCCUUUACACCUGGGAUAGCUUUAAUCGUCCUCCAAUAAUACAAUCAGAAGUCUCUGUUCCGCUCCCCAAUCCUGGCCUAGACCAGACUGGAGCCGAUCCAGAUGUUCCGUCAUACAUUGUUGCCAAGAUAUUGGAGUGUCAACUUGCGAAACAGCUUGGAGAAGGUGACCGUGUCGACAGGUCGAAUCUUCAAUCCAAAAUCGCCGUUGUGGAAACAUGGAUGCUGUCUCUGCCACCGGUUUUCAAUAUUAUUGACCCAGACAAGCGCUGGGACGGAAACUAUCCACAUAUUCCAUUCCAGCGUCUACAACUUCACUGUGUAGGCUAUAUGAGUCAAGUCAUGUUUGUAAGGUCCAUUCUGACUUCAUGCCAACUGUUCUCGGCGAAAGAUUAUGUCGAAACUGGGCUUGAUCCUGAAACUACAAUGUUGAUACACCAGAUCGUCAACCUUAGUCUUAAAGCCAUGUCUGUGAGCAAAGACACUUUUGACCUUUGUUUUCCGCAGCAAGCAAAAUACUACAUGGUAGCGUUCUGUCCUUUCGACAAUGCAGCACUAUUAUGCUCUUUGCUGAUACACGAUGUUAACGGCACAAUGAUCCCUCGACGAUCGGAAGUCAUAUACGCUAUUGGGCAAGCGUUACAUAUUUCGCAUCGGCUGCGCGGUUUCACAAAGUUGGGUGAUAUCACAUGGAGCAUUUUAUCAGCACUCAAAAAUAGGAUCAACUUAUUUCCAUUGGAGAAGACGAUACUGGAAGAGCUGGAGAGCGUUGGCAAAGCCGAUAUCACCGCACAAUCUCUGAAUAACGGCCUUGAACCAAGCGACGACUUCUUUCAUUCAAUCAACGGGUUAAGUAGGCGAUUACAUACUGAGUCGGACGAGGGACUCCAAUUCGUAGAAAACACUCUAGCGGCGGAUGAUCCGGAGAUUUUAGACAUAAACCUCGGCAUUUUGGACGGAGUUUGGAACUGG